UUUCUAUUUGAUCUUCAUUUUCUGUACACUGCUUAACAUUUUGGGAUACUGUUGAUUUUAGUUUGCCUGAUUUGGGAACAAACCGAAGCUCUACCAACUUUGACUCAGGCUCUAGAAGAUGAACCACCUUAUUCUACUUUUCUCACUGUUCUUGGCUCCAGCAUUUGCUGACAAAGAAAGUCAGAAAACAAACCAAAAGUUUUCUUCAAACAAUGCCAGUCACAAACGACUGAAGAGAGACUGGAUAUGGAACCAAAUGCAUAUCAAAGAAGAGAUUGAUACUCCAUUACCACACCAUGUUGGCAAGAUCACCUCAAGUGUAAGGAACAACAACGCUAAGUAUAUCAUCGAAGGUGAAUAUGCCAACACUAUCUUUAAAGUGGAAGAAACCAGUGGGGAUGUAUAUGCAUUUGAGAGGCUAGACAGAGAAAAGAAAGCGGAGUACGAGCUGACAGCUCUCAUUAUUGACAGAAGAAACAACCAGUCACUGGAACCCCCAUCUAAAUUCAUUAUCAAGGUUUAUGAUAUUAACGACAAUGUCCCUGUGUUUGUACAAAAGGUAUUCAAUGGAUCUGUCCCAGAAAUGUCACCAGUAGGAACCUCAGUCACCAAAGUGACAGCUGUAGAUGCUGAUGACCCGACAGUUACAGGUCAUGCCACAGUUACCUACCAAAUCAUUAAAGGAGACGAACACUUCACAGUUGAUGACUCUGGUGUGAUUUCUACCACAAGGGCUGAUUUAGACAGAGAGAAUCAAUCAACAUAUGAAAUUAUUGUUAGAGCAAAAGAUGCUCCAGGUUCUUCAGGGGAUUCAAGCACAGCUACAGUCAUUAUCACGUUAACUGACAUCAAUGACAACUUCCCAGUAUUCAAACACCCAUCAUUUCACUUUAAAGUUCCUGAAAACAUUUCAGUAGGAGGAGAAGUUGGCAGAGUCAAAGUAGAAGAUAUUGAUGAACCACAACAUAGAAAUACGAAAUACAGUUUUGUCAGAGGAGAUUACAGGGACACCUUUGAAAUUGUAGCAAAUCCAUUCACAAAUGAAGGAAUCAUUAGGCCAAAGAAGCCCCUGGAUUUUGAAAAAGUGGCAGAAUACAGGUUUGACAUUGAAGCAACAGAUCCCACAGUCGAUCUCCGCUAUUUUAAAUCUGGUGGCUCUAGGAGCAUUUCAACAGUCACCAUUGAAGUCACCGACGUUGAUGAGCCUCCUGUCUUCACUAAACUACCAUAUGAAUUCAAAGUAAGGGAAAAUGAUCCAGAAAUAAGAACACUUGGUUCUGUUUGGGCACAUGACCCUGAUGCAGCUAAACGGAAAAUCAGAUUUAGUCGACGAAGAGGUAGUCCUAAUGGAGACUAUAUUAGGGUAUCCGAUACUGGAAUUAUUCAGCUCCCUAAGCCCCUGGACAGAGAAUUCAGUUCCUCAUACAACAUCACUGUAGCAGCUCAGGAAAUCCUUGAAGAUGGCCGUCUUUCUGACAGAGAAUCACACGCCCAAGUUCACGUAAUAGUUACUGAUGAAAAUGAUAAUGCUCCUGAACUUGUUUAUCCUGAGGAACCCAGAGUGUGUGAAAAUGCUGCACCAGGAAAGGUAAUCAUCAGGAUUUCAGCUACUGACAAGGAUGAAAUAUCACCUAGAGGUUUCUUCAGAUACUCCCUGGCCACAGAAGAUAGCAACUUCUCCUUGGUUGAGAACUACGAUAACACAGCUAAUAUCACUGUCAAAUAUGGACAGUUUAAUCGUGAACUUGCCAAAAUCCACUACCUGCCUGUCAUCAUCUCGGACAACGGUGAUCCUGAGCUCAGCAGCACAAAUACACUUGUCAUCAGUGUCUGCAAGUGUAAUGAAAAAGGCAACUUCACUUUUUGUGAAGAAAGAGCUAAACAAGUUGGAGUUAGUGUACAAGCACUGGUGGCAAUUUUUAUUUGUAUCUUCACAAUCAUUG